UGGAGAAAAACAGGAAGCUCGAGGGGACACCCUUUUUUCACAGCAUAUUCUAGACGCUGACUUGCCUCAGGGGUUUAGAGAACUUAACAUCUGGUACGACGGGUCGACUGACCCCUCUCGACAUCUGAGGAGUUUAGAAAACAUGGCGGUAUUGCACCGCUACAAUGAUCUCGUUCAAUGUCGAGCAUUCCUGACGACUCUGCGAGGACCUGCGCAAGACUGGUUUCAUCAAUUGCCCCCGAGAGCCGUCAGGGACUUUGACGGAUUUAGUUCAAGUUUCCUGAAUCAAUUCGCAAGUGUAAAGGCCCAAGAAAAGUCUUACCUUACCCUGAUAGGCAUGCAACAGAAAGAAGGAGAAUCAUUGAGGGAUUACGUGGCAAGAUACACUCAAGCAUGUGUCGACGUCCCCUCAGCCACUGAGGAAAUCAAGUCGGGGGGACUCACUAGAGGACUCCUCCCGGGAUUGUGCAGAAAUUCCUUGGCAAAGCGACCCGGGAGGACGUUCGAUGAGGUCCUAGGAAGGUGCGCCAAAUACAUGAAUGUCGAGGAGGCCGAAGCCGACUUUUUGCAAGCGGCCAAAGCAAAGACUGAAUCCCGGGACGAGAAGAAGGAUAAGAAACCAAUCACGUCGGGAGAAAGGAAAGGAUCCCCGAAGUCAGAAAGGGAGGGGCAAUCAAGGGGAUGGAGGAAAACUCAGCAUACCCCCCUGUCAGCCUCGAAUGCAAGGAUAUUGGAGGUAAUGGAGAAAGAAAUUCGCGAAAGUGUUGUCAGGUGGCCACGGACGAGGAAGGAUGGACCGACAAAGCACAAAAGUGAUCUGUAUUGUCGAUUUCACAAGGAUUAUGGGCAUAAUACCGACGAAUGUCGGCACCUGAAGAAUGAGAUCGAAAGACUAAUCAAAACAGGCCAUCUAAAGGAGUUCAUUUAUAAGGAUCGAGAUCGAACCA